AUGGGCCCCAGAGAUCUCAAAACAUUUAUACCAUCAAUCUCUUCACAUGCGUGGUGGAGUGAUGCUUCUAGGAACAUAAUCGUACCUGCAACACUCCGGCUUUAUCUUGAAAGCUUGAAAGAAACUUUGACCACUGACGAUCCGAUCCGUCAACUUUCCCCGCAGGUUGAGGCCCUGAGUCUUGGACUUUGGGAUGUAGAGAAACUAGCUAGUAGAGACAUAUGGCUUAUGAUUGCGUGCUUUACCGGAGGUGACAGGAUUAGAACAGCACAGAAACUCCAACCACCGCCCGCACCCGAAAUCAGUAACGCUAGGGGGAGAACGUUGAUAGAGACUGGCACGGUUGAUUCACGUCCUGUCCAUUUCUACGGAAUUCGAUCAAAUCUACACAAUAUCAAUCUGAGCUAG